UCAAAUGCCAAUUGUGUGAUCUUUUAGCUGGUAUAGCAAAAAAGUGUCUGUGUCAGUCCUAAAUUUUGCAUAUACAGCAACUUAAAAAUGAUGUUUCUGUUAUAGCUAAUGUGAUUCCAAAAUUUCUGUUCUAUGGUCAAACACAGCAUAUCAAUCAACAUACUCUUCAGUUCUGGAUCUAAGAAGUUGAAAAGUCAACAUCAAGCCUUCAGUGUUCAUAAGCUAAAUAAAUAAAUAAAUAAUCAGUGUUAAAAUCACAGUAUCAAAAACUUGGACAUACUUAACAUCACUCACUGGUAGUGUUGAAAUGUACAUAUGGGCCUUUCCAUAAGUAAGUGUCUGGCUUAUGAAAAGAGAACCUCAAACUUUCAGGAAAAACUAGAUUCCAACCAGAUGCAUGUAAACUAGUACAAGUUGAGUAUCUCUCAUCUGAAACACUUGUGCCAGGAAGUGUUUUGGAUUUUGGAUUUUUUUUUUUUGGACUAUCUCCAUAUAUAUGAUGUACAGUGCGCCCGCACCAUACUGCAACUUCCAGCAUAUGCUGGAAUCCGCACAAGAAAAAAGCCUUGCGCACCCCAGAAGAAGUAAUGGGGCUCAAGCUUAUGUGUUUUUUCUCUUACACCUGGGGGGGGGGGGUCCAGAACGGAUCCCCCAUGUAAAAGAAGGGCCCACUGUAAUGUCUUGGAGGUGAGACCCAAGUCAGAACACAAAAUUCAUUUAUGUUUAUAUACAUGUAGCUUGAAAGUAAUUUUAUACAAUAGUUUUAAUAAUUUUGUGCAUGAAGCAAAGUUUAUUUACAUUAAACUGUCAGAUAUGUAGAAUUUAAUACGUAAUUCAAAUAAUUAUCUGUUCUUAGACAUAUCUGUAGGGCAUGUAUACACAAAACGUCUAAACCUAAAGUUUGUUUGGUUUUUUUUGUUUUGUUUUGUUUUUUGUGGUGUUGACUGUGAGUUCUUUAUGUGGUUUCAGGGAGUGGUUCUUUCUGUUGUCGCAUGAAGUGCUGAACCCAAUGUAUUGCCUGUUUGAAUAUGCAGGGAAGGAUAACUACUGCCUACAGAUAAACCCAGCUUCUUACAUCAAUCCAGAUCACCUGAAAUACUUUCGCUUUAUUGGCAGAUUUAUUGCCAUGGCUUUGUUCCAUGGGAAAUUUAUAGACACAGGUUUUUCUCAACCAUUCUACAAACGUAUCCUCAACAAGCCAGUUGGCAUAAAAGAUUUGGAAUCUGUAGAUCCAGAGUUCUAUAACUCUCUCAUCUGGGUAAAGGAAAACAAUAUUGAAGAAUGUGGCUUGGAAAUGUAUUUCUCAGUUGAUAAAGAAAUUCUAGGUGAAAUAAAGAGCCACGACUUGAAACCUAAUGGCAGCAAUGUUCUUGUUACUGAAGAAAACAAGGAAGAAUACAUUAGGUGA